AUGUACGCCUUUGUGCGGUUCCUGGAGGACAACGUCUGCUACGCGCUGCCCGUGUCGUGCGUGCGCGACUUCAGCCCCCGCUCGCGGCUGGAUUUUGACAACCAGAAGGUGUACGCCGUGUACCGGGGCCCGGAAGAACUGGGCGCCGGGCCCGAGAGCCCCCCGCGCGCCCCCCGCGACUGGGGCGCCCUGCUGCUCCACAAGGCCCAGAUCUUGGCGCUGGCAGAAGACAAAUCUGACCUUGAAAACAGUGUGAUGCAGAAGAAAAUAAAAAUCCCCAAACUUUCUCUCAAUCAUGUAGAAGAAGAUGGGGAAGUUAAAGAUUAUGGGGAAGAAGAUUUACAGCUUAGACACAUCAAGAGACCCGAGGGGCGGAAGCCGAGUGAAGUGGCGCACAAGAGCAUCGAGGCAGUGGUGGCCCGGCUGGAGAAGCAGAACGGCCUGAGCCUGGGCCACAGCACAUGUCCGGAAGAGGUCUUCGUGGAGGCCUCCCCGGGCCCAGAGGACAUGGACAGUCUGGAGGACGCCGGCGUGCCCCGGGCUCUGUACGAGGAGCUGCUGCGCAACUACCAGCAGCAGCAGGACGAGAUGCGCCACCUCCAGCAGGAGCUGGAGCGGACUCGCAGGCAGCUGGUUCAGCAGGCUAAGAAGCUCAAGGAGUACGGGGCGCUGGUGUCCGAGAUGAAGGAGCUCCGCGACCUCAACCGGAGGCUGCAGGAUGUGCUGCUCCUGAGGCUGGGCAGCGGUCCCGCCAUUGACUUGGAAAAAGUAAAGUCAGAAUGUCUCGAGCCCGAGCCGGAGUUACGGAGCACUUUCAGUGAGGAAGCAAAUACGUCGUCCUAUUACCCUGCUCCUGCACCUGUCAUGGACAAGUAUAUCCUAGACAAUGGCAAGGUCCAUCUGGGAAGCGGGAUUUGGGUUGAUGAGGAGAAAUGGCACCAGCUACAAGUAACCCAAGGAGAUUCCAAGUACACAAAGAACUUGGCAGUCAUGAUUUGGGGAACAGAUGUUCUGAAGAACAGAAGCGUCACAGGAGUUGCCACAAAAAAAAAGAAAGAUGCAGUCCCUAAGCCACCCCUCUCGCCUCACAAACUAAGCAUCGUCAGAGAGUGUUUGUACGACAGAAUAGCACAAGAAACUGUGGAUGAAACUGAAAUUGCACAGAGACUCUCCAAAGUCAACAAGUACAUCUGUGAAAAAAUCAUGGAUAUCAAUAAAUCCUGUAAAAAUGAAGAACGAAGGGAAGCAAAAUAUAAUUUGCAAUAA